AUGUCUGACCCUGGCCAAGCUCGCCGGGACGUCAACGAUGCAAUCAUUUCAUCUGGGUCCGGCACGGUCGGAAUGGUAGUCGACGCCGGCAGAGCCUCCCAGGAGAAGCGUGAGGAACUUCGGCGCGAGAGGGAUAGGCGUGAGGCUGAAGAAAAGGCAUCUCGAGAGGCUCAAGAGAAGGCCGCUAAUGGCGGCGACGGUGGUGGCGGAAGCUCCUAA